AUACAAAGUUAUCGGUUAGGGUUUUUGAUACCUCCAUAGCAGCACAUCUCUAACAUAACUGUUUCCAAAUCAAAUACAAAAAAGACAACGGAACUUUCGGAUGAUUUUUAAAACAAAAAGAUUUUACCAUAAAACUUCUAAGUUAAUCAAAUUUGGCUUUACACUCGAUUCAAGUCUCAUUCGCUAAAGACUAAUAAUGAAUACUACAAAUAGCGAUUUAAUGAAAGCUGUCCGUUCUGGAAAUUUAGAAGUUCUAAAAAAAUUAUUAGAUCGAAAUAAAAUUUCCAGUGGUCAACCAUGGGUAGGAGGAUAUAGUCUUUUAUGCAGAUCGAUUGAAUAUAAUCAUAUUGAAAUCUCAAAAUUACUUUUGAAGAAUGGAUCUAGAGUAAAUACAAUCAACAGAAUCAAUGUAAACACACCACUCCAUUUAGCUGUGCAAAAUGGUCACUUGGAAAUUAUACAAAUGCUAAUAGACCGAGGAGCUUAUAUAAAUGUUCAAAACAAAAUUGGCUGGACUCCAAUUAUUUAUGCAGUUGUUAGCGAACAAGAAUUCAUAGUUGAAAUACUAUUGAGAAAUGGUGCAAGCAUUUAUGGGUUAAACAAUGGUAUGGUUUAUUUAGAUUAUACAUCUAAAUCGCUUUUAAAAAGAAUGAUUAAGAAAGUAAAAGACGCUGGUUUUUCCAUUCAAUGUUCGGCUCACAAUAUGAGAAAUUCAAAAAUUAUUCCAAAAAACCGCGAACUAUUUCCAACAAAAGUUAAAAUUGCAAUGAAACAAGAAAUGUUGAAUAAAAAACUUCACACUGCUGUACGAGAAGGUAAAAUAGAGGUUGUCGAAGAAAUGUUAAAUAAAGGAAGCAAUAUAAAUUCAUUAGAUAAACAAAAUUUAACACCUCUUUUCUGUGCAGUCAAGAAAGAAAACGAAUUACUUGUUGAAUUACUUUUGAAUAAGGGAGCCAAAUUUAGUGGCAAUAACCAUGCGGUGACCCCUCUUCAUAUUGCAGUCGACAAAAAUGCAGUUGGAAUUACAAAAAUACUUUUAAAGGCUGGCCUAUCUGCAAAUUUAAUUUGUGAUUAUUAUUUCAGAGAAUAUUCGGUUACACGAGCCAAAAUAUUAAAUGCCAGUCAAAUAACUCCUCUACACAUUGCUGCCGAAAACGGUUCUUGCACUAUUAUUGAAUUACUCUGCGAAAAUGGUGCCGAUGUAAAUUCAUGUUCAAGCCAAGGCUACACACCUCUUCACUGUGCAGUUUCAAAUAAUAAACAAGAAUGUAUUAUAAUGCUUUUAAAAUAUGGCGCUUAUGUAGAUGCAAAAAACAAUGUUGCUGAAACUCCACUUCAUAUUGCAUCCAAGGAAGGUUAUUUACCGGUUGCAGAACUUCUUUUAAAACAUGAAGCAUUUAUAAAUUCCAAAAGUCUUGAGGGAUAUACGCCAUUACACAAAGCCGUUGUUCAUAUGCGUGAAGAAAUGGUAAAGUUUCUCUUACGUAACAAUGCAGAUGUAAAUUGUUGUGCCAACAACAAAAUUACACCACUUUUCAAUACACUCAGGAAUAUGAAUACAAACAUUGCUAUUUUACUUUUGGAACAUGGUGCCAAUGUUAAUACACAAGACCAGAAUGGCAAUACAUUACUCAAUUUGGCUGUUACUCGUAAUUGGUCUUCCAUGGUAAAUGAAGUCCUAAAAUAUUCUCCAGACAAGAGCAACGAGAGCAAUAAAAAAUCACUCAAAAUUGCGUUAAACAAUUGUUGUAACUAUAACGAAAUGAUAGUUCAAAGUCUUCUUGACUAUGGAUUUACUUUUGUGUCGGGUGAUUUAAAUCAUAAUUCAUUGUAUCACGUUGUUAGAAAAGGAUAUGAUGACAUUUUAAAAAAUUUAUUUAAACAAAUUCCCUGUUUGUUGGAUGAAUUUAAAGAUGUCAAUCCAUUACAUGUUGCUGUUAAAAAUAAUAACUUUUCAACUAUCACAAUUUUGCUUGAUCAUGGAGCUGAUAUUAAUGAAACGGAUAAUCUUGGAAAACCUGCUAUAUAUUAUGCAAUUAGAACCUCCAAUGUGGAAAUGACAGAUAUUUUGAUGAAAUAUAAGGCAAAUAUUAAUAAAUGGCCUGAACUUUUAUGCCUUGCUACUUCAAAUGCUUGCAAAGAAAUUGUUGAGAUAUUACUCAAAAACAAAGUGAAUACUGAAGCCUUUGAUGAAUUUGGAAGAACAGCGUUACAUAUAACUGCUCUAAAUGAAUUUAAGCGUUUCCCAAGUAAAAACAAAGCAGACAUUGCUAAAUUGCUCCUUGAAAAUGGAGCAAAUGUUAAUGCUAAAGAAAGAAGUUGCGGUUUAACAACCCUCCAUUUAGCUUGUUUAAGUAAUCACAUAAAACUAAUCAAAGUUCUUUUACAUUACAAAGCAAAUAUUGAGUGUUACACCGAAAACAUGGAAUAUAAUAACAUUUCUGCAAUUCAAGGAUUAAGAAUUUCAUCAAACUAUAGAAAUAAUUAUAAUAGACUUCGGAAUGGACAGACGCCUCUUCAUCUAGCUGCAAAAGGAGGAAAUUAUGAUGUCAUGUAUAUGUUGUUUAAAGCAGGGGCAACCAGCAUAAUUCGUUGCAAGGAUAGUAAAGGUUCGACAGCACUUCAUGUGGCUGCAGCUGAAAGCAAUGUUAAGAUUGUUCGCCGACUUGUACAUCGCGGGGCUGUUAUUGAUGAUAAAGAUAAUGAAGGACAAACUGCUCUUCAUAUAGCUUGUAAAUUUGGAAAACAUGAAAAUGUUAAAUCUCUUCUCAAAUUUGGGUCAGACGUUAAUAUUAAAACUUUCAAUAAUGAAGCACCUAUUGAUUUAGCUUUGGCGUUUUUUAAUAAUUCUGCUCGAUUUUCUGUAGACUAUGGUAAUGAAGUACCUAAUUGGCAAGCCAGAGAAUCUCUAUUGCAAAUUAUUAAACUUCAUUUAGUUAAGUUAAAGACUGCAGGUUUCUACAUGAUCAAAAAAAAUCAACAUGCGUUACGUAAUUUUGAUGGCGAGUGGUAUAAGACUAAUUGUGAAAGAGAACUAACAAAGUUAAAGACAUUGAAAUACAAAAAUAGAAUGUCUUAUUAUGAUGUAUUGACAAAAAAUACCAAUUCAUUUAGUAGAUUUUUAGGAAAAAAAACACGUCGCUUUUUCCGUCCGCAUUAUAAAUAUCCGAUAUAUGGUCGCAUAAUUGAACAAAAAGUAACAAAAGCUACUGAUAGAGUUGCUUUGCUUAAUUUGAGUCAUGGAUUUUUUGAAAAAUAUCUGCAAUUGCCAUAUGUUUGCAGUGAAAAAAUAUUUAGUUAUUUAGAUAAUGAAGAUUUAAAAACUAUCACAGAUUUAUCGACAAUUUGUCAAUUUGAAAUGGAAGAAAAUGUUUGAUUUGACUUUUAUAUUAUACUAAUACAUAUAUGUAUGUAUGUCAAUUUUUAUCAGAGUUAAACAAAAAUUUAUUUAUUUUCUUAAUGUUAUUAUCAUUAAGUUUUUUUUUAUUAAAUAAAAACAGUCACAAUUAAUAUGUUGAUUUUUUGCGAGUUAAAAAAAAUUAAU